GAUGUGACCCGAAGAUUAUAUAAUUAGAAGGCAUUUGUUAUGCUGGCGUUUCAAAUCAGUGAUUAGCGUGUGACAGUCCCAUCCUGGGAAACGUCAUGCCACCAUUGCUCUSCUCCRUCUCUCCCUCCCUCCCUCCUUUCUUGCACACUGCUAAUUCCCAACUCUAGCAACUGCCAGUGCCGAAGGAUCUUCAACCAGCCUGGGGGUUGAGAUGAGCUGACCCAGCCCAGGGCUCACAUGUGGGCAGCUCUAAGCCAUGGGAUGUUCCCAGUGACCAGCCAGAGCCCUCCAGAGUGAGGACAGGAGUCCCUGCGAGGACGCUCACCCCAUAGCAGCCAUGGACUCAAACAAACACGAAGGAGGGACUGAAAGUGUGCCUGUGAGUACCCCUGCAACACAGAUUUCCCAGUUGCAGGCUCUGGCCUCUGAGCUGAAGGCAGGUUUCACAGAAGCCAUGCAGGAGCUGUCACGGAUCCAGCAUGGGGARUAUGCCCUGGAGGAGAAGGUCAAGAGCUGCCGCUGUGCCAUGGAAGAGAAGGUGGCGGAGAUGAAGAAUUCCCUCAACACCUUCAAGGAGGAGCUCAGCGAUGCAAAGUCAAUGAUUGAAGAAAUCAGUGCCAAGCAGGAGGAAAUGCAACAGAAAAUUGAGCAGCUGCAGCAAGAGAAACGGCGGGAAUCACGGAAAAUGAAAGCCAAGAGAGCACAGAAGGAUGACCACGGAUCACAGACAGUGCCAACACCUCUCCAGGGCAGCCCAUUUCGAUCCAUCAACCUCCCAGAACCUGUGCUGAUUAACGAAGAUUUUACAAGUCUUUUGCACAACGUGACUUAUGAAAAAGUGUCUGACACCAGGAUUAUGCCAAUGGGAGAAGGAGCUGUGAAAGUCAUAGCAGGCCCAGGAGCAGCCAUGGAGACAGAGGACAGCCUCAAGCCUCCCCUGCCAACAGAGGGGCAGUCYAAAAUGCAUCUGCCAUCAACAGUGUGGAAGCAGCCCAAGGACACCAAGGACUGGGGAGAUGAAUACAUUUCCAAAGAGCAGCCAGAGAGAGGGAAAGACAUGGGCCAGAGCAGAUACAGCUCAGCAGACAACAUCAUAUGUGAACCCUCUUUGGCUGCCAAAAGGCAGAACAUCGCUUUGGAGCUGCUGGAGUCAGAAAGGAAGUAUGUCAUCAACCUUUCCCUCAUCCUGAAGAUCAAGGCCACACUGCAAGGGCCAGAUGUGAAAAGAAGCACCAAAGAGAGAAGUUUUUUCCCCAACUCUUUGCGGUUCCUGGUCCAGCAGCACGUGGAUUUACUGCACGCUCUCCAGGAGCGAGUCCUGAGCUGGCCACGRCAAGGGAUCCUAGGAGACAUCUUCCUGAAGCUGACAAAUGAUGAGAAUAAUUUUCUGGACUACUAUGUUGCUUACCUGAGGGACCUGCCAGAGUGCAUCUCUCUGAUCCACGUGGUGAUCCUGAAGGAGGUAGAAGAAGAAAUCAAGUCUGACCUCUACAUUCUGUUCUUUCACAUAGUCCAGCGAAUCCCUGAAUACCUUAUCCAUCUCCAGAAUGUCCUGAAGUUCACGGAGCAAGAGCACCCUGACUAUUACCUGCUGCUGGUGUGUGUGCAGCGCCUGCGCGUUUUCAUCUCACACUACAGCCUGCUCUUCCAGUGCAAUGAAGACCUGCUGAUACAGAAGAGGAAAAAGCUGAAGAAGUCAUCCCUGGUGAAGCUGUACAAAGGCCUCACCUCCCAGUGCACAAGCCAGGAGGUUUCUCCAACACCCAGCGCGGCAUCAAUGCGGGACAGCGGGAUCCACACGGAAGAGGCAAUGCAGUCCUUCCCAGCAGCACCUUCCUCUGGCACAACCACCCCGCAUUUGAUGCCGCAGAUGAAGAAACCGCAGCCAAGCGUGAUGGAGAACAUCCAGGCUGUAAAGCCCCCUGACUGGGAGAUGGAGAGCAGAAAACACGAGAGGCCAGAGAACAUCCUGGCCUCCUCUCAGCUGACAGAGCAGGAACUCAARGCCUUGACAGCCCCCUUGCAAUCCAUCCCUGAAAUGGAGUACGAAGCACCCCCGGCUGACGCGGUGGGGAACCCCGAGAGAGCCAUCAGAACCUCUGUGGAGCUGCUGCAGGACGCCAGGAACUUUGCCCCGAGCUACGAAGAGUUUGAYUACCCCGGGGAGGUCUUCACCAUGCCAGGCCCCUACGAGGACGACACCUUCCAAAACCUYGCUCUCUUUGAGAACUGCUCCCCGGCCUCUUCCGAGUCCAGCUUGGAUAUUUGCUUCCUUAGRCCCGUGAACUUCACCUCAGAGCCRGAGAGGACAGACCACGCCUUGCAGCCGCUGCCUAAGAGCUGCACUCCCGUGAGCAGCAGCACCUACAAGCGUGAGAUGUUCCACAGCAAAGGGAAGCAGCUGAGCAGGUCCCUGAAGGAGCUGCCGCGGAGCGCGGAGGGCGUGAGCACCAGACUCUACAGCACGAGGAGCAGCAGCGGGAGCCGUCUGCAGCAGAAGCAGGACAGGAAUGUUCAGCCUCACAUGAUCUCAGCCUCAUCUCGAAGCUCCCAAAGGAGCUACUUCCCCCCACAGAGAGGAGCGGGUGAAAAACCGAGCUUUUUGGAAGAGCUCCAUGCAGAAGACAACACCAGGUUCUGCCAGAAGGAUGACAAUGAGCAAACAUCCUUCAGCGACCACAACCCGCGGCACGAGCCCAAGGGGGGGUUCCGGAGCUCCUUCCGCAAGCUCUUCAAAAAGAAAUAAUGCCCGAGAAAGGCAGGCCACAGCCAAAGCACAGCAGUGCUUCCCCAGGUCCCCRAGGGUGGAGACAGACAGCCAAGGCCCCAGGAUCCCCCUGACUAACACAGAGGGUGGAGGGUGGGGGAGAGGAGACUCUCACAACUGCCUUACAAACGCAUCCUGCUCUUUCUAGCACAGGGCAGGGCCAGGCUUUGGGUUGCAGUGGAGCUCAACCAGCAGGUCCAAUAAGCACAGGAACUUGCUAGCUUUCAUCCCUACCUGACUGAACUUCCCUCGGGUUUGGAAAGCUUUGGCCAAAUCCCGCUAUCUCCUCYUCCCCCUCAUCCCCACAACUGCUUGAUUUGCCAUACAUCUCUGCUCUUCCAAAUUCAAGGCAGGUGUUGUUUGGGCUCACCCACAACAGAAAGGUUACAAAGAAACUUUGCAGCCCUGGCAUGCUGGCCAGAAGUCUAAAAUUCCCUUCUUUCCUCUACUUUCCAAAUAAACCACCAUCAAAGAUGUCUCCCAGGAGGCCAGCUCGCAUCACCCAGGUGGUUUGAGGAGAUCUGAGAAGCAUCAGCUGAAGCAUCCAAGCAUUGCACUGCUUAAUCAGCAACAUCCUUUCUUUGGGACUUCCAUCACUCCCCAAAAUCCUAUUUCACCUUUUAUGUGAAYGCUGUUCCCUGAAUGGCCUCCUGCUGUAGGAAUCACUGCUUCUGCUCUCAGAAUUGUCUGUGUCUCCAGGCAGGUGACGCAGGCUGGGCCCCCACAACACAGACUCAGCCCCACUGUGGAUCAGUGCAAACACUGGGAGUGCCAAACAGUGUCCUGGCUCCUGGUCUGGAACACACCUGGAACACACUUUGCUCMCUCUUUGGCCUCACAAACCCCAUCACGUGCAGCUUUGGAAUGGUUCUUCCAGAAGCAUCAGGGCAGGAAAGGUGAUGGUGCACCACACCAAGAGUCAUAGGCCCUCCUUCUCGUGCAAGGACAGAUCAGAAGGCYACACACAGGCCACCCUCCUCACACAGGGACACGACAAACCCUCAGUAACUCUGACCUGUGCAGAAGACAGAGAGAAGCUCUGCUGUGAUCCCCAUGACACCCCUGGCACGGCAGCAUUAGCAGUGCAGCACUGGUGUCACCUGAAGCUGGGAUGUUCUGAGGCCAUUUCCAACAUCAGCUGUGGGUUCAUCACUUGUUUUGGCAAGCCUGGGACGCUGCUCUGUCUAAAGGACAGCCUCACCUCAAGAAGUUGGGAACUGUCUCCAUGGGGGCAAUGCUUUGGGGGAAACACUGUGAGACUGGGGGCUCAGGACUGCCAGCAUCAGUGAAAGGGUGGUGAAUUUGGGGCCAAGAGAAGAGCACCCACUCUCCUGGCCAUGGCAGCAGGGCAGGGGAGGCCCAGAGCAGCUGUCCUUGCAUGCAGUGGCCAAUAUUUGCUGUAGAUGAGGGCCCAGAGCUCUCCAGGGUUGACCAACCUGCAUCUACCACCUGCUUUUCCUCCUSUGCUGGAGGCGAAGAGGUGUGUGUGAAAAGGGCUAUCCAGACASACAAAACUCAUCCUUUACUGCAGCCAAGGUUUUCCUAUUCCCUUUCAGUGAAACCCCAGAGAUUAAAAUGUUUUAGCUGAUGCCUCUCCCAUAGAUUUUAAUGAAACAAAAAAAAUCACUUCUCCUUACAAAAAGGAAAGUUGUAUUUUCCUCCCCUAGCUUUUGGAAACUAUUGUGGGAAGAUUUUUUCUUAAUGUAAGGCUUUUAAUGGCCAAAAAACACCCCAAAAAGCUUCCAUCUCCUUCCAAUUCCCUAUCAUCCUCAUAAAAUUACAAAUUCCCUGGCCUUUUCCAGUCAGGACUGCUCCAUGCUGACCAGCCACUGAAUCAYAAAGACAAUUCCUAGGACUUGGCAGCUUUCAGUCAGACUGUGCAGGGCCAGGAUAGAAAUUAUGUAGGAAGAGCCAGAUAGCUGUAAUUGAAGCAUCAGCAAAGCCUGCACAGGAGUCAGCCACAGACAGAACAAUUUGUUUGUCCAUGGAGUCAGAGUUGUGUCAUUAUGGACACUGUAAUGCACUAAUGCUGUCAAGGGCUCUGAUUGUGAGUUUGGUCUUAAUUUAUGAAAAUGACACUUUUAUCCUUCAUUAGAACAAACCUGCUUUUCAUAUUUGCCAGGCAGAUGCCAGGACAGAAACAGGACAAAGGAUGAAACCUACCUGCUAACAUCUCCUGGGUGAGGAAAUCAUUCCAAAGUGGCAGACCCUU